ACGAAUGGCGUACAAACUGUUUGGACGUGUUUGCUGCUCGCUGGCGACGCCGCGAGUUCGGGUUCGCAUUUUAAUUCUGAGCGUUGCGUUGUAAAUAUUGAAGCAACGCUUUGUCUGCGCUAGCGAAUUAUUAUUGUAUCUGUAUCUGUGUUUAUGUGCACGCGCAAAACAACAAACAAACAUAAAAAAAAAAAUGUUUAAUAAAUAACAACAACAACAAUUGCAGAAUAAUGUCGAAAGCAACAGUGGAAUACUCGUAAUUUGUUGAUUUAAGCGGCGACAGCAGUCGAAGUUGAUGUCGUCGUCGCCUGUUAAGUGUGUGUGCGUGAGAGUAAGUAGACUAGUAAAAGGAACGUCGGGAAGUGCACACAUAAACAAUGAAAAGGCUGUGUGUGAGAGCGUGUGUGUGUGUGUGCAUAAAAUGCAAGAAGCAGUGAGAAAAUGCACUUGAAGAGAACACUAAAAACUCAACGAAGUAAUAAGUAAGAAAACAAGGAAAUCCAGUAAAUAAUUAUAAUCGAAACAAUAAGAAACUGGAAAUAUCAACGGGAAUAAACGCGAGAUUGCAAUGUUUUUGUUUUACAAUCGACGCAUUUUUGUCAUUAUUAUAAUUGAAAUCCUGCUGCUGUUGCUGAGCGAUGACAAUGGACAACCAACGCUGACCAAGUUGCCGACAACAGUUGCUGCCGCCACACAACUGAAAAACUCAACACUACAGAAGCCAUAUCUACAGAUUAAAAAGCACGCAUUUACAAGACUGACCAUAACCAAUCCACAUUCAAUAACCUAUCUUACCUGCACGCCCAUCAUUAACUCCUAUGAUUACUAUCAGGACGGAGAUGGGAACAUCUACUGUAGUUGGUAUCGCAACGAUAAGCCUAUUGAGCAAACUGCGCUGCGUAAGAACGAUUUCUUCAUUUAUAAGAAUGGAUCACUUCGACUGCCACCCACGGAGCGUGCUAGUGGCGUUUAUUAUUGCGCAAUUGAGGCUGCUUACACGAAGGUCAUCUCCGACAGCAUUACCGUUGAGUAUCCAGUACUGAAGCGCAUUGCAACACCAACUGGUGAACAACUGAACAGCAAUAUCAGCGCCCUUGAGCAUCUGCCCCUUGUAAUCAAUUGUCCAUUUGUGAGUGUACCAGCUGCUCGUAUCAAUUGGUACUUUGGCAACGAGUCCCUGACCAAUGACAGCAGCGCUCUCAUCUUGUCCAAUGGCACGCUCGUGUUGCGACAAUUACGCUCAGAACAGGCUGGCAAAUACAAAUGCGUGGCCCAGAACCAGUAUGCCCUCAAGAGCUAUCGACAGUUCGUGUGGACGGUGCGCGUCGAACCGAAUGCGGGCAACAGCGGGUUAAUGUUGGCCGAGAGCGAAACGCAGCUGUUGCCAGCUUUUCAGAAUGCCACACUUUAUGUGCCCACGGGUGGCAUGCUGAUGCUGCAGUGUCGGGCCGUGGCUGAUUAUGUGCCCAUCGAUUGGUGGCUGCAGCAUCCGAACAACACACUCUCCCAGCUGAGGAACAAUAGCGUCGCGUUGGAAAUCACGGAGGUCAGCAGGGAACGCCAUGAGGGAUAUUACAUCUGCACCACGCCCACAGAUAGACAGACGUUUCAUGUGAUUGUCACCAGUCCGCCGAGAAUAGUCAGCACUUUGCCGGUUGAAGUGGGGUAUAUUAGUCUGUCGACCACGUUGACCUGCCGUGCGGAGGGCAAUCCAACGCCAAGUCUUAGCUGGUAUCAUAAUGGAGCACUGCUCAACAGUUCCUACACACGCUACAUUAGCGGCAACGAGCUGCACAUCCAUUCCUUUGAUCCCGAGGAGGAGGGCAUCUAUCAAUGUUUUGCGCGAAAUGUUGCUGGUGAGGAUUCGGUUACUGGCGAGCUGCGUUUCAAGCGUCAGCCGGAGGAACCGAAUCCCUUGCAGAAUAUACGCUGCUAUCCGCACAGUUUUCACACCAUCAAUGUGACUUUCGAUAGCCGCAUAAUGGAGGCAAUGUUCGUGGUGCACAUUGUGCUUAGCAAUCCACAUCAAUGGAGCUCAUUUGCACCAAUGAAACUGAAUCUCACCUCGUUUGUGGUGAUCUCAACUGGCCUGCCUGUCUAUCGUCCCUUUGCACUGAUCACCCGCUUCCUUAAGCCCAAAUCGGAGGUGAGAUCCGGCAGCAUGGUGCCCCAGCAGAUGAUUCAAAGCUCACUGCGUAGUCCGGCCGUGGUCUGCUGCACUCAAGGAUUACUACUACGUCUGAUCCAUCUGGGCAACGAUACAUUUGUGACAUGGUCUCAGGCGGAGCUGGAUAACAAAAAGUACUUCAUACUGCAGUUCUCCAUCAAUCACACUCAUCCACAUCCCGCCCAGCUGCUGAAUGGUCCACUGCAUGGCACUGUCACGCCAGUCGAGGAGAAGGAAGACCAAGUGCGUCGCCAUUUGACCAUUAUAAGGCCGCUCAAUCAGUCAGCAGCUGCCACAGUAAUCAAAAAUGCAGAGUAUGAAGUAUUGGACAAUGAGGUAGACGAUGUCACACUCGAAAUGGAGGAGGAUAUCUUCAGUUUGGUGGUGGAGGCGAGUGUCACAGGAUUGCUGCUGCAGCACUUUACUAGGAUUAAAAUGCGUGUACUAAUCAUCACGAGUGAGAACGAGUUUCUCGCUCAGGACUUUCGCUACGUACAGUGGAAGAUUAUCGAGAAUGGCACCUCGGAUCAAUCGAAUAUGUCCUUUCGCCUGAUGACUAUCGAGUCACGAAUGUUGGCCUUUCAAUUCCUAGACAGUCUCAAUGAUACCUGCGUCUAUGAGUGUCAUCUUCAUAUUCAAUUGCCGCUGCGGAAACAGGAGCCGAAAUGCAAGGAACGCACCAUUGUCAACUCAAAGCUGUUGGUCAGCGGACUCAGCGCCAAUGAAAGCUACAAUUUCCACUUUUACAAUUGCAAGCCACAGAUCUUCUAUGGCGAAAUAGAUGUAAAGACGCUGCCCGAUCCACCUGGCACCAUCAGCAACGCACGUGUGGUUAAGGACAAUGGCAUCAUGCUGUUGUGGGAACCCCCUUUACAUUCCAAUGGACGUGUACAUCAUUACAACAUCGAGUGGACCCUGGACAAUGUCACCCACGAGAUGGUAGUUUACGAGUGUCGCUCCUGCUCCUUUAAGUUUCCCAACGUUUCGGAGACGGAUAAAAUGCAUGUGACCGUGCGAGUUGUGGGUGAAACGGGCGUGGGUGCUCCCCUCUUCUUUGACUUGUCGAAUCACCGAAUUCCACCGAUAAACAAGAACUCCAAUCACGAGGUCUACAGCGGCAUUGCCAUUGGCUCGUUGCUGUCGACGGUCUGCGUGUUUGUCUUUGCACUGUUCAUCAUCUUUCAGAGGCGUCGCUUCAAGGCACGCGCCCAGGGACCGACACACUUGACCACGCCCACGGACAUCAAUUUUGGCAACCUGAGCAGUGCGUCGGGCAUGCCAGGGGACAGUGCCGGGGGAUUGAGUGGCAGCACGUUGCAGCAGGAUUGCCACGAGAUGCAGACGCUAAUACCACGGUCGCGUUACCACAUCGAACUGCUGCCAGAGCACACACUGGAGUAUCAGACGAGCUCGGCGGCAGCUGCUCCGCUGCCCAAUGGUCACAGCAAUGGUCCGAUCGCCAGGCGAGCGGAUCAGGAUCCACUGCAGCUGGAGCUGAGCAUUGCUGGUGUGCAUAAUCUGUCGCAGUUGCCGCUGUGUGGUGGCUCGCCCGAGCGGAAGAGCGUACAGGAUACCAUGUUGCAGGAGGCAAAGGCUUUUUAUAUACCUUAUCGCCAUACGCCGCCCAAUGCAGUGGCCAUGCAGACUGGAGGCAACUCGAAUGCCAAUCAUAAGCAAAGUUCCUCAAUGAACGGUGGCGAUGGCAGUCUCGAGUUGGCCAUGCCACCCAACUCCUUGCCCCUGGUUGCCACCGUGCCGGGCCUGGGCAAUGUGAGCACUCGCCGGAGCGGCAGCCUGAGCAGCAGCAGCGUCAGCAGCAGCAGCAAUGGCAGUAAAAAACAAUUUCAUACAAAUUUUACAAGACACUCGAAUUCCAACGAUGGCAUUUGUCUGCUCGCCGAGGAGGAAUCGGCGGCCACCUUGACGCCCACAUCGGAGCACGAAUAUGCGUGUGUUAGCCUCACCAAUGGCUUUAAGUUGCCCGCCGAUUUGACAAGGCAAAUGCCGGCCAAUAAUCAUUACAGCAACAACAACAACAGCAGCAGCAGCAGUAGUGGCAGCAAACAGAAGCCACUAAAGGAUCGACAGCAACAACAACAACAACCGCAUCCACAUGCAUCCAUAGUUCCUGCCAACGGACCACAGUCACAUGCUGUGUCCGUUAAUAAUGUUAAAGCGACCAAGUCAAUGGCCAAACAGACUUGGCCAACAGCGCCGACGGCUCUGCAACGUCGUGCUCAAGUCGAUCCCAAUGGCUGAGUCGAUAUCUUUACUGUUGCAGUUGCAGUUGCAGUUGUUGUCGCCUCGCCAAGCAAAAGUAUUCUAUGAGAAGCUACUAUUAUACAUACAGACACACACACACACACAAACAUGUAUACAUUAACACACACACAUUCACAGCUUGAAACAUUCCAAACAUUAUUUAUGAUUGAUUGUGUUUGAUUGAUUAAUCAUUGAGCAAAUGCAUUUUAUAAAUGCAUUUCAAAUCAAUCAAUAAAGUUGAACUAAGAGAA